GUUGUUUGCCCGACGGAAUGGUUGUCGUUGCUGCACAGCAAUCAAAGUAACAAAAGCAUCUGCGUUUGUUGGAGAACUUCAAGUGCUCAACAGCUACGUUCAGGAAAUCUGUUGAGAGUUGCUAGCUGGAGCGUCGAUAUAGACGAGAAAUGGAUUCUAUCCGUAACUGGGGGGAUUACCGACUCCUGUCCACUCGUGUUCGAGGUUCUGAGGGAGGCACCUUGCUCAGCCACUUUCCACAUAUUGCUGACCAUUAUUUCCAGCAUCGAGGAGCGAUCUGUCUCUAUAGGUGUCGUUUCGCAACACUUUGCUAUCUGUUUUCGUUGUGAUUUUAGAAACUUACGUCGGCAAUCUGGUAUAGCAGACGCAAAGUGGAACUUCGAACGUGGCUCUUGGUCAACUGGAAACUCUUUCCGAAUGGGCGACGUUAUUUCUUCUGCUGCAGGUUUUGUGAAGGACGGAGUGCUCAGAGGGGAGCUUAUGCUGCUGCCAGACUCUGAGCAGCAUGAAGCAUUAAAAGCGUUUCCGGCAGCUUUUUCAGACUUCCCACUCAAGUCUUGUGGGUUGUCUACUAAAAGCAUUAUGUCAAGAACUACAGUGAUAAGCAACCACCCCAGGAUUAUUGUAUUUGAUUGCUUGCUUUCUAAAAAGGAAUGCGAGCACCUGAUUAUGCUAGCAGCACCUCACAUGCGCAGAUCACUUGUCAGCGGAAGAGCAGUCAGUGAGAAUAGGACUAGCUGGAGUAUGUUUUGCACAAACGGCUUGGAAUUAGAUCCUGUGGUUCAGUGUGUUGAGCGGAGGUGCAUCUUCUACAUGAAGCUUUUAGGCAUACAUGUUGUCCCAGACAACGAAAAACUUCAGAUAAUACGAUACAAAGCUGGUGAAGAAUUCAAAGCUCAUUUUGACAAUGAUGUGGGAAAUUGCAGCAAGCGUGCAGCCACGAUGCUGAUGUACUUAUCAGAUGUGGAGAGCGGCGGAGAAACCUAUUUUCCGAAAGGAUUAUUGAUGCACAAAAGCGGUGGUUAUGAUGGUAUAUGCGGAAGUAGUUCCGGCAUUUCUAUAGCUCCGAAGAAGGGAAGGGCUUUGGUAUUUUUCAGCCGCCGACAUGAUGGAUCUGAAGAUCCUUGUAGUCUUCAUGCUGGAGCUAAGGGAAAGGGUCGCGGGGACGGCUUGUGGUGGGGGUUCCGGCGCGUCGGUAUGCGCGACCUGCGCGUGCUGCUGAUCGCCAUGGCGACCGCCAUCCUCCUCAUCGCCACGUUCUCGCGACCUCACGCCAGUUGGGACGAGCGCGACCUGCAAGAAGAGGCAGGGGGCCUGCCGACGGACAUAGACCAGGACGCCGUGGCCGCCAUGGACGAGUGGGACGCCAUCGACCGCCUCCCCUGGCGCCGCCUCCCGCCGCCGCCGCCCUCGCUCUCGCUGCAUGGCGCCGUGCCCGGGAGUAACGUCACACAGGGGGGAGAUGGGGCAGGCGCGGGGGAGGAAGGCGGGGAGGGAAUGGACGGGGAGGAGGAGGGAGCGGGGGGGAAGGGGAAGAAGAAGAAGAAGAAGAAGAAGAAGCCGAAGCGGCCGCCGCCGCCUGUGAGGAGGAUAGUGGAGGUGGCAGAGGCGGACGCGUGUGCUGUGCCGCGGCCCGUGGUGCCGUGCCGCCUGCCCAAGGGGCAGCGCGUGGAGCUGGUGUUCGUUUCCGCCAUGUGGGAGCGCGAGGCGCAGACCAAGGACGAGACAGAGACGAUGCUAAAGUCAUUGCUGUACGGCACGCGCUGCCCGCUGCACAUCCACUUCAUUAUCGCGGGCGAACCCGAGCAAUCCGCGCUGCGCUCCCUCAUGGUCACCCUGCGCGCCACCGAGCUCAUCCCCAACCCCUCGCCCUACAUCUACCCCACGCGCAAGGGCGCCAGAAUCGGCCACCCCACUGCGAGAGACCUGGCAGCGUGCGGGUACAGCAACGGGGUGGCGAGCAGGCAGAGAGCGGCGGUGCUGUUCAGCAUGCACUACCUGCCCACGGAGUAUGUGGUGGAAAGAGCCAAGGCGCUGCACCUGUGGCCGCUCGCCCACCAUGCAGGCGUGCCCGGCAUGAGCAAGUUCUUCAUGGCUGAGAUCCUCUGGCAGGUGCAGCGAGCCAUCUACCUGGACGUGGACAUGAUAGUGGGCGGGGACAUCCAGGACCUGUGGGACUUCUUCCUGUCCAUGGCGCACGACCCCGACCUGCUCUACUUCAUCAGCAACAACCACCCCGAGGGCGCCAACGCGCGCCGCCUGCUGCGCCCCUACUGCUCCUGCCAGAUGGUGCUGGACCUGCAGAGGAUGCGCGAGGCCAACCUCACCCAGCUGUUCGUGGACACACUGGGCCCGCACAAGCCCAAGGAGCUAGCGGACUACGUGGAGGACGGGGACCAGUUCCUCUUCAUGUGGACGUGCAAGCAGAUGCCCACGCGUUGCCGCGUGCUGCCGCGCCUCUGGAACGUCUCUGGCUGCACCAAGCCGCUCCCCUUCCUGGGGUUGACGUCGAGAGGAAGGGAGGCGAAUGGGAGCUGUUGGCGCAUAGUCCAUUUCAACUGCAUGGGGCACAUGCGAGGAGGGCAGGGGAGCUAUGUUGUGCCUCCGGAGUGGGAGGAGGCGGCUUCGUGGACCCGGAGUUUGAGAUUGGAGAAACUGAGGCGGCCACCAGUAGUGUGA